UACUAUCUCACCUUACUUUCAGUCUUCUGUGCUUUUUCUUUAGUGUUGAAAACAUAUAUGCUCCAAAUUCUGCAUUUUUUGUGCUUUUGUGUUUGAGAAUUGAAGAGAGAAAUUAAUUAGAAUGGGAAGGACACCAUGUUGUGACAAGAAGGGUUUGAAGAAAGGACCUUGGACUACUGAAGAGGAUGAAAUUCUUGCUAACUAUAUCAACAAAAAUGGUGGUCAUGGAAGCUGGCGUUCUCUCCCCAAGAUCACAGGUCUUCUUCGUUGUGGUAAGAGUUGCAGGCUUAGGUGGACCAACUAUCUCAGACCUGACAUUAAACGUGGUCCCUUUACUUCUGAGGAAGAAAAACUAGUCAUACAGCUUCAUGCCAUCCUUGGAAAUAGGUGGGCUGCAAUUGCAUCUCAGUUACCAGGAAGAACGGACAAUGAGAUAAAGAACUUCUGGAACACGCAUUUGAAGAAACGUCUGAAAAGCAUGGGGAUUAAUCCAGAAACACAUGAGCCAGUAGCUUCAUCAAGUUACCCCAAUCACAAGUCACAUGCCUCGAUUUCGACACGUCACAUGGCUCAAUGGGAGAGUGCAAGGCUUGAAGCAGAAGCAAGACUCUCAAUUGAGUCAUCAUCACACUUCAACAACAACAACAAUCCUAAUUCCAUUACAAAAACUGAUUCUUCUUCUUCUGAUUACUUUCUCCGUAUAUGGAACUCUGAAGUUGGAGAUGCAUUUCGCAAUGUUAACAAAAUUACUAGUUGUUGUCAGAGUCCUAUUUCUGCAGGAUCAUUAUCUACCAACAAAUGUGACUCUGUUAUAGCAGAGUUAGCCUCUAAUAAUCCAAUAAGCAAUAGUGUGAAAGAAGAGUUUGAGUGGAAAAACUAUAAGUUUUGUGCUGAAGAUUUGAUUCUUGGAUAUGAUUCAUCAAGCUCUAAUGACAUGGAUGAUUCAUCAGACACUGCUUUGCAGCUCUUGUUGGAUUUUCCUAUGAACAAUGACAUGAACUUCUUGGAAAACUCUUUUGCUUUUUCCCUUUAAGCAUUUGUCACUACUAGUAUGAAGCGAAAAAAAAAAUUCUAAUUCUUUUGUUACGAAAUUUCGUGCUGAAUUAGGGACA